AUGACAUCAUCGGCGGAACUAGAAACCUUGCGGUCCGAAAUCGAGCGUCUAACGCGAGAGCUGGAUCAGGUGAGCAGCGAAAAUAUUCAAUCUGCCAAAUACGGUCUAGGAUUGUUGGAGGAAAAGCAGAACUUGCAAGUGAAAUGCGAAGAACUGGAGUCGCUGUACGAGAACACCAAACAUGAGCUCGACAUUACACAAGAGGCUUUACAAAAAUUUCAAAAAACCCAACAAGUCACCACCAAAUCGGGCAUCGAGCAAGAAGAUGCACUGCUCAACGAGUCGGCCGCGAUGGAAACAUCCCUCAACAUGCAGAUUGUGGAGCUGGAAAAUGAAACCAAACAGCUACGCCACGAACUAGAUCGUGUGACAAGUGAACGAGAUCGCAUGCUGCAGGAAAAUGCCGAAAUCGGGCGCGACAAGUCCGGUACGGAAGCAGAACGGGCACGGCUUAAAGCUGAGCUGAAGGAUAUGAAAUAUCGCGAAGCUCGCAUGCUGGCCGAUUACUCGGAGCUAGAGGAGGAAAACAUUUCCCUCCAAAAGCAGGUGUCCAGUUUGCGAAGCUCCCAGGUGGAAUUCGAAGGCGCUAAGCACGAAAUCCGGAGGCUGACAGAGGAAAUCGAGCUGCUGAAUUCACAGGUGGAGGAGUUGGCUAGUCUUAAGAAAAUUGCUGAGAAACAAAUGGAAGAUGCCUUGACUGCACUACAAGUUGAAAGAGAGAAUAAAUACGCUUUGAAGAAAGAGCUUGAUACACAUAUCAACCGUGAAUCAAUGUACAAUAUUAGUAAUCUGGCAUAUAGUAUACGUAGUAUGGAAGAGAAUGCCCUGAACAGCAGCGAUUGCGAAGAGGAAAUUCCAGCACUGAGAGACUCCACCCUGAAAAGAUUGGAAGCAACCCUUGAAGCAGAAACUGCGGACCUGAAAUCACCCGAUGGCACAAAGGGCGAUCUAUUCUCGGAGAUUCAUCUGAAUGAGCUUAAAAAACUCGAAAAGCAGCUGGAAACAAUGGAAACUGAAAAGUUAUGCCUGACCGCAAAUCUUCGUGAUGCCCAGCAGAAUCUAGACAAAAGCCAAAACGACUUGCAAAACUUUAUGGCUAAGCUGAUGUUACUGGCAGCACACGUUGAUGCGCUUCAUACGCUCAAGAAACAAAUUCAAAUUGAGGAAAAUAUAACCGUAUCUACAGCAAAGGACAAGGAUGUGAAUGAUAAAUUGAAUGAAGCUAUCAUGCAAUACUCGAGCUGGUUCACCUUAAGCUCGAAGGAAAUAGAUACUCUCAAAGCUGACCUGGCUGAAUUGCAGAAGGGCUUGAACUGUUCUGACGCAAUGACUGUACUUCGCAAUGAAAUAACAAAUCUCAAGAACAAGCUGUUGUCUGUUGAACAGAAAUCAUUGGAUUUGCAUAGUGACAUCCAGGUACUUACGACACUCUCACAAACAGCGGGCCAGAGCUUGAACACGACGCGAACUAAUUUAGUUGCACUAAGCGACGACCUGGCCCAGUUGUACCACCUGGUGUGCACGGUAAAUGGUGAAACUCCAAAUCGUGUACUGUUGGACCACAAGAACGACGACUUAAGCUUCGAGAACGAUUCCUUAACGGCAAUUCAAUCACAGCUGAAAUCCGACAUUCUUACAUCCAAGCCUCAUGUUUUUGAGGACCUGCAAGCACUCAGCGAUGCUGUCGAGAUUCGCAAGUACGUUGACACUGUGAGCGAUCAAAUUCGGUACCUCAAGACAGCCGUCGAACAUACGAUCGAGCUGAACAAGGAUAAGGUGGUGACCGAUUCCUCCGCUACAUCCUCGGGCGAUGUAAAGGAGGCAAAGGAAGAAAUAGCAGAUCUGCACGAACAAAUCAUCAAAUUGCGCAGCUUGCUGUCGACGAAACGCGAGCAGAUCGCAACGCUGCGCACCGUGCUCAAGUCGAAUAAGAACACCGCCGAGGUGGCGCUGACAAAUCUUAAAUCCAAGUACGAAAACGAAAAGUUGGUCGUCAGCGAUACGAUGUCAAAGUUGCGAAACGAGCUGCGCAUCUUGAAGGAAGAUGCGGCCACAUUUUCAAGUCUUCGCGCUAUGUUUGCGGCUCGCUGCGAGGAGUAUGUCACUCAGGUUGACGAACUCACGCAUCAGCUUGCGGCGGCUGAGGAGGAGAAGAAAACGCUUAAUCAGCUACUUCGAUUGGCUGUGCAGCAGAAACUUGGACUGACGCAAAAGCUCGAGGAGCUUGAGAUGGACCGUGAAAUGCGCCAUGUGCGCCGGCCGGCAGCUUCGCAGCGCGGCGGUGGUGGAGGUGGCGGCAAGUCGGCCUUCUCUCGUGGGCAGCCGGCCCGGAACAGCCUUCAGAAUCCGAACAGCAACAGCAAUAGUAACAAUCCGAACCAAGCUUUCUUCUAACAUAAGGUGAGCGUACAGCGUAAAAUUCUAGCGUUCCUUUACACACUUCUUAAGCUGUAAAGGGGGAAGCGCUAGAGGAAAGAGUUUGUAGUUUUAGUUAAUACAAAGUGGCGGGACGAAUAACAACCAAAAAUUAUCACCAUCAUAUGUGAAUCUUUCAUCGAUCUCCCGUGUGUUAUUGAGUUGGUUGUGCAUUGUUUUACGCUCUUUUUCUUUGCAAAAGAUUAGAAAAUCGGAGAGCUAUGACUAGGUGGUCCGUCCCACCAUUUAAAUUGAAUAAUCAAAUUCCCACAUGGAACGUAACUGACCAGCAGUGAGCAACACUGUUUGAAAAAGAAAACCAUAUUUCCAUCCAUUAAUGAAACGAACGAGAAAUGAAAAUAGUUGCAAUUUAUAAACUCGUUGUAAAACGUACUGAUCAGAUUGGACGAAUGUCGAAGCAAAAAAAAAACACACAGUAUGUCCAGUUAACCUGUGUGAAAGUCCGAAGAACACAAAUGAACGCGCAAGAGAUAUAUUUAUUUUCACUGAUAGUGGCAGCUACAAUAGUGUUGAAGGAAUUAUUGUAACUAGAUGAUUAGCUGAACGAACGAACGUGGCAGCGGUUCACCGAAGAACACACAGACAGAUGACUGAUCGAAAAAAGAACUCUGAUAAAGGUAUGGUUCGUUUAUUACACUAUCUAUCGAUUAUUAGAAAUUGAUAACAACACAGUUUAGCAACUUAAAAUGUUGAAUGGUGUUGGUGGUUGUGGCUUGCAUACCGAAUGAUUAUGGUAACACAAAUGUUGCUACCACAUCUAUUUCAAACAGGUAUAGAUAGAAAUUAUUUAUGAAUUCUCGAGCAAAUACCAAUACGGUUAUGAGCCCGUUAUCUAAUAAUUUACUGCGAUGAUGAUGAUAGUACGAAUGUGCUACAAACAUAAUGUCCUUUUCUGAAACAACGUUCUAAUGUCACUUACAGUUCGUGACAAGAGAGACCUUUUUGUUUAUCGGUUGUAUUGAUGGUAUGGAAAAAAGCACACAAAAUUUGGACCAACAUUUUUAUGGCAAUUUUCCACACGUUCCUGAUGACUAGAAGCAUCAACGUAUUUUACAACAUAUUUACUUGCCGAUGCUGCCAGAAACAUUUGCAAUGAAAAGAAAAGCAUCUACGACGUCAUAAAACAGUCAGAUAUUUGUCUUGCUAUCGGAGUGUAAUGUGAUUUCAUUGGCAAUAAGAAUGUUUCGUUGUAUAGUCGGCACCGCUGCAUCUUACAUUGGUGGCUGUAGUGGAAGGAUGAUUAAUAGUAAAUUCCUAGAAGUAGGAAUUAGCACACAUCAGUAACUAGCAGUGCGCAACAUUUUAUAGUCUAUUAGGACGUCUUCCCUUUGCGUUCCAAAGUCAGUACGAAACAUGAUUAUCAGUAGUGUGUUAAACAUUAGACAGCUCUAAUGAGGGAAAAGUAAUAGAAGAACAAUAUGUUCAUUGGUUCAUAGCAACUAACAAUUAUCUGUCCAAAAUAGUGCAGGUUAGAUUUUGAAAUUUGUGAUUUUUUUUGUCAGUUAAGAUACACGAAUUAUAGCACCAGAGUCAAAUCGAGCAAGUGAGGCAAUAUGUCAGCAGUGUCAAAAAUAAUGAUAGUAAAACGAAUGAAUGAGAACACAAUAGGAGUUUCGUCGAUGUAAUCCUACGAAAGCAUGUCCUCAUUGAAAAAAAAAUCUUCUAAUCGUCCAAAAUUUAUUAUUAGAAUGUUAUUAUAUCCUUUGAUUAAUCCAUUUGCCAAUAUUUUUGAGAAGAAACAGGUUAUGUGAAUAAUAAAGAUAUUAUAGCAUCAACUCUACAUGGAAAUUGAGAGUAGCUCUGGUAUUGUUGUAUCUGACUUGGGGGACAACAGAAACAGACCACACGCGUAUCAUGCGUCGUAAAUCUGGUGCGAAAUGAUUUGUGCCGGCAGAAAGAACAUCCAAUUCGUACGAUGUGGUACUGUAGAAUCUCCUAUUUAAUGUAAAAGAAAACUAUCAUUUAGCAUAACUUAUACAAGUCUACCGAGCCAUAUAUUUAUUGUAAAAACAUUUAAAAUAAACAGAAAAAAACGUGGAAUAGAAAAGCAAAAUUUAUUGCACGGAAAAUUAUUAAGAUUAAGCGAAAUGGCCAGUGUUGAAAAGGAAAAUGAAUGUGUCAACAAAUGUCACUUCAAAACCGACAGCAAAGAUAGACAUACAAGUAGACCAUUUUCCCCCAAAAAACACUGAAGGAUAAAAGAACAAAACACACUUACAAAAUACGACACGACAUAACAAUAUGAACUACGAAAUUAAUAAUAAUUAAUCACCGUCCCUUUUUUGAAAUGAGGUUUGAGCGGUAGGAGAUAACUCGAAAGAGUGGUAAUAAUUAACUAUACGAUGGUACGAAGCCACGAUAAAGCAUUUUUGGUACUUACCCUAGUACAUGGAGGCAAAGAAUGCUACUCAAUGCAGUAGCCAAAUUGUUACAGGUAUCCAGAAGCGUUAGCUCUUGGAAACUUCCGUUUGAAUAAUUUGUGAAUUUUGUUAUAUCUCGUCUUUCUUUGAGAUUAUACGCUUUUUUGUGUUUAAAAUUAUUGUGUGUUAAUCUUUAUCACAAACAAAAAGUAAAAAGAGAUUGCAACCUGUUAGAGAAUAGUGAUGUUUCUGAUAUUUGAUAUUUUUGUUGUAGGAUCUUAGAGAAUCGUAGUGAGUUAAUGGCAAACAACAUGCAAGCUGUGCAAUCUGCAUGAUUAAACAUUUGUAGUAUACUUUCGCAAUACAGAAGAAAUAGCGGCACUUGAUUCCUUUUAACGUACAUCAAUGAUGAAACAAGGUAACAAACGAAGAUCUUAGAUGCCGAACGGUGUAACACGGAAAAUAGCAAAAGAAGAUGGACAUACUUAAUGGUGUAGUCGUAAAAUGAGUAACAUCUUUCAACCCCGUUAAGUUGGAACAUACAUUUGUUUUACUAUAGUGCUAGGCGGCCUGCAGAGUUCGGUCGGUUGUAGAGUGCGAAUCCCUCCUUUCGUAUCCGUAGACAUAAGAUAUCCAUGAACUAAAAUCCGCAUAACGGUAGUGUCCAUUUGAUUAGCAGUUUAGUAGGUGUAGCGAUAAUCGUAAGUUAAUACCAGAAACAACAAUCGUAUUCCCUCCUAGCGUAGCGCAAUUUCUACACGAUACAAUCCCCUUCCCCGUUGUUCAUUACUUUAAAAUCGUGCAAUCAGAGUGAAAGGUUACUCUCGAAUGUUGCAAAAAAACACUUAUUGAAGGAAAUGUAAGUGAGAGAGAGAGAGAAGCGAAGAGAGAGAGAGAGAGAGAGAGAGAGAGAGAGAGAGAGAGAUCAAAGAGUAAUUGUGGAAAUUAAGAAGGCAGUAGAAAUCCACACAUGUCCAUUUUGUGACUAUUCUUUGCCAAGUUUGGGUAUUAAUUGUGUUGGGUAAAUAGCAAUUAUAUUAAACUGGUAACCAGUGGUAAA